AUGCCGAAGCUCGACGCCGCUCCGCCGGUGUACAUGUUCGGCGACAACCCCGAGAGCGACAUUCGCGGCGCCAACGAGUACCGCAGCAAGCAGGGCACGAACUGGGCGUCGGUGCUCGUGCGGACCGGCGUCUGGCAGGCGGACCGUGGCGAGAGCGCGUACCCGCCGACGGCCAUUGUGGACGAUGUCCAGGCGGCGGUGGCGUGGGCGCUGGCGAGGGAGCAGUAA